ACAAACAUGUACUCCAAGGUCGUCAUCUUCCUGUGCGCUGCGGGCAUCGCCUCCGCCGGCAACCUCCUCGCCUCUCCUGUGGCGACAUACGCGGCCGCUCCCGCUGUCGCCACUUACGCCGCCCCCGCCUACCAUUCAUACGCCGCCGCCCCCGCCUACCACUCGUACGCCGCCGCUCCCGUCGUCGCCAAGGCUGUAGCCCCAGCAGUGUCCUACCAGUCGAUCUCCACUCACUCUUCUCCUGUGGCUUAUGCCGCAGCCCCCGUGGUCGCCAAGACCUACGCCGCUCCCGCCGUGACUUACGCGGCGGCUGCCCCCGUCUAUGCCAAGACCCUCGCUGCUCCCGCCGUAACUUACGCCGCCGCUCCCGUCGUCGCCAAGGCAGUUGCUCCCGCUGUCUCCUACCAGACCAUCUCCACCCACUCCGCCCCUGUGGCUUACGCCGCAGCUGCCCCAGUAGUGGCUAAGACUUACGCCGCACCCGCCAUCUCCACCUACCACGCCGCUCCCGCUGUAGCCGCCUACCACGCCGCUCCUGCCGUUGCGUACUCUUCCUACUCCGCUCCCGUUGUAACCAAGACCAUCGCCCCUGCCGUGAGCUACGCCGCAGCCCCCGCUGUCGCAUACUCCGCUGCCCCUGUCCUCAAAUCCGCUGUCCACUACUCAGCCGCUCCAGCAGUUUCUCAUGUCUCCUAUUCCAGCCUUGGUGCAACUGUUUUUUUCUGCAUUGCAGCAGUUGCAUCUGCUGGUAAUCUUUACCAACCAACAGCCGCAUUAUAUGCCCCGUAUGCGUCUGCUCCAGCCUAUGCAACGUACGUAACAUCUCCAACAACAUAUGCCAGGCCACUAGGACCUGCAACUUCUUACCAAUCUUUCACGAGAUACGAUACAUCAUCUAUUAAAACUGUAGCAACUCCAGUGGCGUAUGCAUCAAUACCUGUGACUACCUACGCAGCACCGUUAUUGAAAUCAGUUACACCAGUGACUUUGGCAGCACCAGAUAAAUUAGCAAAUUCUUACCAAACAGUGAACUUGCAAUCGUAUAAUCCCCCUGCUAUAAAGGCAUAUACAUCAGCGCCCGUUUACGCUACCCCAGAACCUAUUAUUCCAUCAUAUUCUUCUGCUCCAGUAGCAGUUUAUUCUAGUGUACCUACUGUUUCAAGUUAUUCGUAUCCUGCCCCAUCUGUACGUUAUUCUUCAAUUCCAGCCAACUACCCAGUUUCAGUCCCAGUGCGAUACUCUUCAGCUUUGUCAAGCUAUUCUGCACCUGCUUCCACGAGCUAUUCACCAUCAUCUACCGUAGCAUAUACUUCGUCUCCUACCUUAGCAUAUUCAUCGGUUCAUUCUAUCGGUAUCUCUACCCCAGUCUCUUACGCAUCAACUCCGUAUUCUUACGCUGCGUCUGCACCUAUUGUUAGAUCUGCAGUAAGAUAUUCCUCUGCUCCAGCUGUGUCUCGUGUUUCCUACUCCAGCUCAGAUGCAAGCUAUGCAUGUUGUGUACUUAUAUUCGGUAUUAGAAUGGUUGUAUUUUCUUAUCUACCUAUUUCACUAGUUUCAACAGUAGCAUAUUAUAGUAAUAUUCUUUCGCAAUCAGGAAAGGGUGGGAAAAGUGAAGAUAUGCUUGAUACUGAUUGGAAGGAGAGUAAGUCUGAUACUGAGGAGGUACAGGGUAAGGCUGAUAUUGAGCAGGAACAGGGAAAGCCUGAUUGGGAGAAGGAUAACCUUGAUAUUGGGGAGGAUAAGAGUAGAUUUGAGGUUGUACUUGAGGUGAAGGUUGAGGGUACGCCUGAGGAAAUGAUUGAGCAUAAGACUGUGGGGUAUAUGAAGCUGGAUAUAAAUGUACCAGGAACAGGGGUUGGGAUCUCAGUUAUUGUUGGUCCACUGUAUGGUUUGAGUCCAGACUUUGAAGCGACUGGACCAAAUGACCCUUGUUGUGCCUUGUAUGAUUCGGUUGUUGUGGAUCCAAAUUAUUCAGUUACCAACUUUAGUAGCAUCAACAUGUACGCAAAGCUGAUCGUCGCUCUGUGCGCUGUGGGCGUCGCCCGCGCUGGUGGUCUCCUGGGAGCCGCUCCUCUGGCCUACAGCAGCCACGCCAUCGCCGCGCCCGCCGUCAUCACCAAGACCAUCUCCCCCGCCGUCUCCUCAGUCUCCUCCUACUCCACCCACACCGCGCACGGCUCCCCCGUGGCCUACGCCGCCGCUCCCGUCUACGCCAAGACCUACGCCGCUCCCGCUGUGACAGCCUACGCCGCUCCCGCCGUCGCCGAAUACUCCGCCCCCGUCGUGACCAAGACCAUCGCUCCCGCCGUGUCUUCUUACUCUUCCUACUCGACCACCACCGCUCACGGCUCUCCCGUCGCCACCUACGCCGCCGCUCCCGUCGUAGCUAAGACCUACGCCGCUCCCGCCGUAGCUGCCUACGCCGCGCCCGCUGUGGCUGCGUACUCCGCUCCCGCUGUUGCCGCGUACUCCGCUCCCAUUAUUGCCAAGUCUUACGCCGCAGCUCCCGUAGCGUCCUACUCCGCGUACUCUGCCCCCGCAUACGGCAGCUAUGCCGCCCCCGUCGCGACCUAUGCUGCGGCUGCCCCCGUCCUGAAGUCUAUCUCCUACUCCGCCGCUCCUGCCAUCGCCUACAGCGGACAUGACAUCGGCUAUGGUGCCCACGGUGCCAGCUAUGGUUGGUAA